AAAAGCUCCGUCCAUCUCCUUCCCGUCACCGUCCGGCGUCCGCUCGCGUGCGAGUGCGAGCCCCACCGCGGCGACAGCUCCACCGCCGGCUGCUUCCCCGUCGCCGCCGAGCGCAACUCCACCGGUGGCCUCCUCCAGGGGUCUGAAGGUACCCACGCCUCUCUACUUCUCCUCCGUCCCCGCAACACGGCAGCGGCAACCCUAGAUCGCCGCGUGACGCGCGGGCCGCCUCAACGCCGGCUUCGCCCAGGAAACAGCCAAUCCCCAAAAAGAGCUUCACAAGAAAAGCACAAGCAGCUGAGAAGCUUGCUGCUCUCUCCAUAGCACAUCAGCAUGGAGCGCCUGCAGAGAAUAUUUGGCGCCUCUGGGAUGGGGCAGCCACCUUCGGACUCACCGCUGCUCGACUCAUCUGAGCAGGUCUACAUUUCCUCCCUUGCACUCCUCAAGAUGCUCAAACACGGGAGGGCUGGUGUGCCAAUGGAGGUGAUGGGCCUUAUGCUGGGUGAGUUUGUGGAUGACUACACGGUCAGGGUGGUGGAUGUGUUCGCCAUGCCACAGAGUGGUACUGGGGUCAGUGUUGAGGCUGUUGAUCAUGUCUUCCAGACCAACAUGCUUGACAUGCUCAAGCAGACAGGGAGACCAGAAAUGGUUGUAGGGUGGUACCACUCCCAUCCUGGCUUUGGUUGCUGGCUUUCUGGAGUUGACAUCAACACCCAACAGAGUUUUGAAGCUUUAAACCCCAGGGCAGUUGCUGUUGUGAUAGACCCCAUCCAGAGUGUCAAAGGGAAGGUGGUCAUUGAUGCAUUUCGUCUCAUUAACCCCCAGACCAUGAUGCUUGGUCAGGAGCCACGACAGACAACAUCAAAUGUUGGGCACCUAAAUAAACCAUCUAUUCAGGCUCUUAUCCAUGGGCUGAACAGACACUACUACUCCAUUGCAAUCAACUACCGAAAGAAUGAGCUCGAGGAGAAAAUGUUGCUGAACUUGCACAAAAAGAAAUGGACUGAUGGGCUGAUUUUGAAGAGGUUUGAUACUCAUUCGAAAACCAAUGAGCAGACAGUGCAGGAAAUGCUGAACCUAGCUGUGAAGUACAACAAGGCGGUGCAAGAGGAGGAUGAGCUGCCACCAGAGAAACUGGCUAUUGCGAACGUGGGGCGGCAGGAUGCGAAGAAGCAUUUGGAAGAGCAUGUCUCCAAUUUGAUGUCUUCGAACAUAGUUCAGACCCUAGGGACCAUGCUCGACACGGUUGUCUUUUAGUUCGGUAGGAGUGGUGUCUCAAUGAACGCAGUACUGAAAUUAUCUUUAUGUUUAUUUGUCUUCGUGUUUAUCACAUUUCAGACUUUAAUUUAUAAUCAGCUGCAGCACCAUCUUCUCUAUGGGUAUGAGGUCCAGAUUCAUUUCUGCUGGGCUAUAAACAACA